AUGCCUACAACCCCUCGCACGGUUCCAACGCGGACCUCGCUUUUCCGUCUCCCGUCGAUCACAUGCGGCACUCAUUCCUCAUAUGCGCCACCAUCGGUCCACUACAUCAAGCCACUACAUGCCUCCCCUUCCCUCACAUCAGUCUCCCUUCUCUCAAAUCCGUUUCCCUUCCCUCACAUUCAUCUCCCUUCUCUCACAUUUGCCACCCUUCCCUCACAUUCGUCUGCCUUCCCUCCGCUCAUGUCUUCCUUCUCCUCCCCCCCCCCCCAUGAAUGCCUUUCUCCCCUAACCCCCUUUCGUGCGCGCCUUCCUUUCCCCCCGUGCGCGCCUUACUUUCCCCCCGUGCGCGCCUUACUUUCCCCCCGUGCGCGCCUUACUUUCCCCCCGUGCGCGCCUUACUUUCCCCCCGUGCGCGCCUUACUUUCCCCCCGUGCGUGCCUAACUUUCCCUACGAUGGUAGCGUCUUUCCUUUCCCCCCUGCGCGGCUUCCUUUCCCCCCGUCAGAGCCUUCCUUCCCCCCAGUGCGCAUUCCUUUCCCCCCGUGCUUGCCUUCCUUUCCCCCAGUGCGCGCCUUCCUUUCCCCCAGUGCGCGCCUUCCUUUCCCCCAGUGCGCGCCUUCCUUUCCCCCAGUGCGCGCCUUCCUUUCCCCCAGUGCGCGCCUUCCUUUCCCCCAGUGCGCGCCUUCCUUUCCCCCCGUGUGUGCCUUCCUUUCCCCCCGUGUGGCAUAUUGCCUAA